UUCGCCCACUCCACUAAAAAGGCAGGAUGUUUAUUUAUCUGUGCGUAGCAAAAAUUAGCAAUAUAAAUUAAAUUUCCAAUUGAAUUCUGCGGCUUCCUAAAUCUCUGCCGACCACUUCGAGAACUGCCGUCGAUUGGCCGCACGGACGGUGGCCGAAAAAUGGCCUAUUUGUGGCGAGUGCGCUCGCAGUCGUCGCGACCUGAGUGAGCACCCUGCUUGAUUUGGAAGGGACGAGAUGGCCCGGCUGAUGGUGUUGAAGGCCGCGGUGGUGCUCAGGUUCGUGGGCAAGGUGGCCAUGGGGUGCUGGGCGUGGUCGGGCUCGAUGCUGCUGGGCUGCGUGCUCCUCUACUGGGUGUACGGCGGCCUGCUCGCCUUCCUCCUCCUCUGCAUCGCCAUCGCUGGCAUCGUGUACCACGCCGAGGACCACCUCUUGUACCACCCUGAGCAGCCGUCCCACUCGCGCGUGUUCGUCCCCGUGCCGUCCAUGUUUGGUCUUCCGUACGAGAAUUUGUUCAUCAGGUCGCUGGACGGCACCCUCUUGCACAUGUUCUUCAUCAGACAGCCGCCUCCGAAGGCCCCCACUGCCCCCACCCUGCUCUUCCUGCACGGCAACGCCGGCAACAUGGGCCACAGGCUGCACAACGCCCUCGGGCUGUACCACCAGCUCGGCUGCAACAUUCUGCUGCUCGACUACCGCGGCUACGGAAUGUCUCAGGGUUCCCCUUCCGAGGAGGGUCUGUACCUCGACGCACAAGCUGCCCUGCACUACCUCACCUCCAGGAAGGACGUCAACCACAAGGAAAUUGUGGUUUUCGGACGAUCGCUUGGAGGGUCGGUAGCCGUGGAUUUGGUCUGUAGGGUGGACUGCGCGCCUAAGAUUUGGUGCGUCAUCAUCGAGAACUCUUUCACCAGCAUCCCUGACAUGGCGCACAUUUUGCUCGGUUCGAGACUCAUCAGAUCUCUUCCUUUGAUUUGCUACAAGAAUAAGUUCCCAAGUUACGAGAAGGCGCCGUGCAUGGCGCGUCCGUCGCUGUUCAUCUCGGGCUUGGCGGACACGUUGGUGCCGCCACGGAUGAUGACCGUGUUGAGCCAGCGGUGCGGCAGCAUCCACAAGCAGCUGCUGUGCUUCGAGACGGGGUCGCACAACGAGACGUGGACCUGCCACGGCUACUACCACGCCAUCAACACCUUCCUGCAGGAGCUGCGCGGCCGCAACCCCUCCGAGGCGGCCCCCGCGCCCCCCACGACCCUGCCCCCGACCAGGGCCGACCCCCCCAUGUGAUAAAACACCCAGUCAAGUCAACCUUUCCAAUUUGAGCGCUAGUUGUAGUGGUCACAUCUCUUCUGGUAGUCUUUUAAAAGCAAAAUACAAGUUACAUACUUACAAUACUUAAGUAGAAAUAAAAAUGCUGAAAUUUGUUUUUUCAAGUUGACCACGGAUUUUAUUAGAAAUUGUACGGACAACUUUGCAAAAUGGAUAUUUUUGUAAUCCAGAAAUUUGUUGUUCGGGAAAGACGAAAAUCAUUGUGAUGACGUUGAAACUUUUAAAUCUUGCACUUCGUGAUUUGUGGCAAAGUCGCAGUUACCAGCCAAAGAUUAUUACUCAGCAGUUUGCUUGUCACUGCCUACGUUUAAGGUGAGAAUAAACAAACAAAAUAA